AUGGCGUCUAACAACAUUCACCAUGGCGAGGUCACCAUAUCUACGCAGCCAACGACGCCGAUCCACUACUCUUAUGUCCCAGGGGGCGAUCAGACAGAGCAUGGAGUGGGAUAUCUCAUAGUCUUCCUCAGUGGACUCCACGAUCCCAGGAAGGUAUGGACACCAGUGCUGCGCUUCCUCGACAAAGACUGGCCGCAGGGCAUUGCUCGACCGGCAAUGCUCCUGUAUGAUCGCUUCGGUUCCGGGGAGACAGCAAAGAAACACACCUCCGAAGCGCACGAUGCAAUGGAUGCAGCAAAGGAUCUACGAGAGCUGAUUAUUUGCGUAGCUGACAAGCAUCUCCAAAUACCAGCCAACAAAGUCACUGGUCUGCCGCUUAUAUUCGUAGCACACUCCUUUGGCGGUGUCAUUGCUGAGUUGUAUGCUAAGCAAUAUCCAAGGGCUGUGGCAGCAUUACUGUUGCUAGAUCCAUCACCCACCGACACUGAUGGAGAGAGCUGGUUUCCAGACCCGGAUGCAUCCGACUUCAAGCCCGAAUUGCUUCCGGAUGGUGUUACAACGGCCAUACUUCGCAAAGCCAGAGCACAGCAGCGAGCUAGCCCUUAUAACCCCAACACACCAAAUAAAGAAGGGAUCAAGUGGGACAAUCUAUCUACGUACAUACCAGAAGUCGGUACACCGCAGCUGAUAGGUCCUUGGGAAGGCACGCCUAUUCUCGCGAUCAUGGCGCAUGAUCCUUCACCUUACGCCGAGCAAGUGAGGAAGCUGACUGGAAUUCCAGCCUUGUUAACACUGACUUAUAAUUCUCCGAACUGGUUCCGCUAUCUUGAGAGACUGGCGAAAUUGGUGCCACCGCAUCUUCGAAAGGGUCCGACGGUGGCGAAAGGAAGUGGACAUUUCAUACCAUUGGAACAGCCUAAACUGGUGGCUGCGGAGGUCAAGGAGCUCAUCCAGAAGCUGCAGCUUCUACAUAAUGUACAGAAUAGCAGGCUAUGA